UGCAGGAACAGGCCUGCGGGGCCCUGGCGAAUCUGGGAGUGCACCAGCAGAACAUGGUGGAGAUCGCUCAGCUGAGCGGCAUUGGGCUGGUGAUCGCGUCCCUGAAGCGGUUUCCCACAGAGCCUGGGGUCCAGGAGAACGGCUGCUUCGCGCUCUCCAAGUUCCUGACCAUGCCCAAUGAGUCCUACCGGCAGCGAAUGAAGGCGGCGGAUGCCGAGGCGGCGCUGGACAUGAUCAAGAACUCGAAGCCUUCCUUCGAUGUGAAGAUCUGCUGCAACGUGCUCUUGCGGCGCUUGGGUGAGGAGGGUGGCGGCGCGCCUGCCCCAAGCCCUGGCCCUGGUCCGUGCCCUGGCCCCGGCCCCGGCCCCGGCGGCCCCGGGCCCGGACCCGUGAUGGGAUCCGCGGGCGGGUUCGGGGGGCCGCCCCCCGGCAGCAGCUUCGGGAUGGGGCCGCCUAUGGGCGGCAUGUCGCCGCAGCAGCAGCAGAUGCAGAUGCAGCAGCAAAUGGCGAUGCAGGGCUGGGGGAAGGGAGGCCCGGGCCCGGGCCCGGGCCCGG